UGUCAUGACCACCACAGUUGUCAAACACCGCCGGGACUGGUUACUGCUUUGGUGUUGUUAAUAUCUUCAACAUCUCAACAGAGGCUUGUUUGGGUUUUUCUGUCAAAUUUGCGCCUAUAUGUCAAAAUACAAGACAUCUGGAUCCAAAAAUGACUCAACCAAAAAUGAGGAGCGAGAGGGAAGAAGCUGUGUGCGUUACCAAUGUGGCCUACUCAACACCAUACAAGAUGUCCUGCGCCAGAGACCAGGCUGGGUUGAGGUCAAAGAUGAUGGAGAAUGGGACUUCAACUGGUGUGAUGUGGGCUGGCUCAGGGAGAAUUUUGAUCACUCUUAUAUGGAGGAGCACGUAAGGAUAAACCACUUCCGUAACCAUUAUGAGCUGACUCGCAAAAACCUCAUGGUGAAAAACCUCAAGAGAUACCGGAAAAAUCUUGAAAGGGAUGUCGGCUGUAUGGAGGCGUCUACAUGUGAUUUUUUCCCAUGCACCUUUGCACUGCCCAGUGAAUAUCAUCUCUUUGUAGAAGAGUUCAAAAGAAGCCCAGGCAGCACCUGGAUCAUGAAGCCGGUGGCAAAAUCUCAAGGGAAGGGUAUUUUCCUGUUCAGGAAACUGAAAGAUAUAACAGAUUGGAAGAAGGAUGGCACUCGCUCAGAGGAACAGAAGGAUACAGCUCAAGUGGAAAGCUAUGUGGCACAAUGCUAUAUAGAAAACCCCUACCUAAUCAAUGGCAGGAAAUUUGAUCUAAGGGUCUACGUUCUUGUCACAUCGUAUGUCCCGCUGAAGGCCUGGCUGUAUCGAGAUGGUUUUGCCCGCUUCUCAAGCACUCGCUUCUCCCUCAGCACUAUUGAUGACAAGUAUAUGCACCUCACCAAUGUGGCUGUUCAGAAAACCGCACCAGACUAUGACCCUGAAAAGGGAUGCAAGUGGCAAAUGCAGCAACUCCGAAGAUAUCUGACUGCAAAACAUGGCAGAGAGACGGUUGAAACUCUGUUUAAAGAGAUGGAUAACAUCUUUGUUUGCAGUUUACAGAGUGUACAGAAGGUCAUCAUAAAUGACAAACACUGCUUUGAGCUCUACGGCUACGACAUCCUACUGGACCAGAACCUUAAGCCGUGGUUAAUUGAGGUGAAUGCCUCUCCGUCACACACACCAAGUAGUCAAGAGGAUUACGAAAUGAAGUGCCGGCUGCUGGAGGACACUUUGAAUGUUGUUGAUAUGGAGGGAAGGCUGACUGGCAGAGAGAAAAGGGUGGGUGGCUAUGAUCUCAUGUGGAAUGAUGGGCCUGUCUACAGAGAGGAUGUCAACAUGGAAACAUUUGGCAUUUCAUGUUUCACAGCCAACACCCACUUAGGGGGCGUGAAUGACAGAGAUAAGCAACUUCGCCGGCUCUUAAAGCCAUAUCCAGGACAGAGAAGGAUGUGAUGCAUCAUUUUUGUCUUACCAGUCCAGUACUUAGUGGAUGUUUGUUAGAAUACAGGGUCCAGUGAACACAAAUAACUGUUUGACAUGUGAUAUUUUAAAUUAUGUGAUCUGUGAUAAUCUGGUCCAAUCUCAUGAGCACCACCAUUGAAAAGUAAGUACUCCAAUCAAUGAAAACUAAAUGUCCAAAAACUAUAGGAAAACUUCUAAGAUUUUAAUUUCAGAGUAAGCGACUUUUAUCAUACUUUUGUUUUCUGAAUGAGCUUUUGCAGCAACAAGCAUGCAGUAUGUCUGAAACUGAUGUUAGUGGAUGUAAGUUUCUUUGUGUAUUAAAACAGGUUUUAUCCACGCA